CCCUGCUUUCUACACCAUUAACUCCACUCCUACUGCCUUUACUAUAUCUGCAUUCAACUUCCCCACGAACAGAAUCAAACAUCUAUUGUUUUCUAAAGUGGCCUGCAUUUCUUUUCUGUUCCUUUAAGAAUCCAUAUUUUUGUCAACUUAACUGCAGAAUAUCAUCAUUCUCUAGAAUCUGACGGUUUCAAUCAGUCAGAAAGCAGCUUUAUCAGCCAAAACCUCAGAAGUAUGGACAAAGAGACAAGGAUGAUGAUAUUCUGUCUGCUUUUGGCAGCUAUUAGCAGCCCAGUGUUUACUGGAGAGUGGAAGGCCAAUGUGGUAAAAGAACUUGACGUCCUGGUCACAUCCUGUGUUGUGGUACCCUGUUCAUUCACCCAUCCUAAAGAAAACCUGCCCACCUCCAGACUCAGAGGGAUGUGGCAUCGUUCAACUCAUCGAGAUCAAUUCAUCUAUCAUGAGGAUAACACGCGGAUCUCGGAAAACUUUAGGGGCAGAACACAGUUAUUGGGACACCUGGGUCAGGACAACUGCACCUUAGAAAUUACUGACAUGAAAGAUCAUGACAACGGCCCUUUCUGUUUCCGGAUUGAACUAGCACGAACAGAGACCGAUUUGUCCACCGUUGACAAGUUCUCCUUUGUGGAGGACUGUGUCACGUUCAACAUGCUCCCUGAUCCUCCAAAACCUGAACUGACUCACGCACAGACAGCCAUUCAAGGACGUCCCUUCACUGUCACCUGCUCCGUCAUCCAUACCUGCCCCUCCCAUGUGCCUAAACUCACAUGGAGUAUGGUCACUACAGAUGUUGUGGUCACUGAAGUCCACAAAAAAAAUCUUUUUGGCUACUGGGAGGCCCAGUCCAUCCUGACGAUCACUCCUGAGGAGAAGAACGACCACACCGAGGUCACCUGCACAGCAAAAUAUAAUGGAGGGAGCAUGUCCUCUACAAAGUUUACUCUCUAUGUAAAACGUACAGAAAACUAUAACCAUAUCAUCAUUCCAACAGUGGUGGCGAUUGGUACAGCUGUGAUCUUUGCAGUCUUCUGCAUUCUAAUGGUGAAGAAAUAUAAGAGACGCAUUGCAGAGCUCCAAAGAGGGGAUGGCAGCAUUUGGAACCGGAUGUCCAGGCUGUCUCGCAGGAUCCGUUCUGAUGUCUCAGGACCAUCUCGUUCUGAUCAAAGGACCAAAAAUGUGAAUUCAAAAUCCUGUGCCGACCAGAAAGCUUUCAAGGCUCGUUUCCCGUCCCCUAAAAGCCAGCCAAAAUCCUGCAAUUACAGAGAGGACCUUGAUGACGGGGACGAUUACAUUAACACUGAGGACCUCAACAUCUAUGGAAACAUGUGACAAAAAACACACAAAAAAUCUAAUCAUGCUCAUAAUGUUUAUUUGUAUCAAGCGCAUCUGAUGACUGCAGUUGUUAUAAACGACUUCUGUGUUAUUCUCUGUUAUCAAGCAAACUAUAUUUGAUUCUGUCUUUGAUAAUUUGAUCAAUUAUUUUGAGAAAUUACAAUUCAUUAGUUAGUGAAACUUUGUUAAGCCGGAGUACUUGCUUGUCUGUCACCAUUGUUGGGCCUACAGCAUAACCAAAAUGGCAUAAUGUGGUUGAAUAAAUAAAUACCAAAGGCAA